GUUUCCGGUACAGCUGUGAAGGCCCGACUCACGGAGGAAUACAGGGGGAGUGCAGCGAGAGAAACAGAAAGACACACCCUGCCAUCAAGAGGAAGAAAGAGAACACAUUCACAAAGCCGCACAGCAGCGUGCCAAAGUCAUUGAACUCGCGGUGGUACGCCUGAUGUUCACAGCUUACCUACCUGAUAACAACGGCACCUUCACACUCAGACUGGAGCCAGUGCUGUCAGGACCCAUCUAUGACAAUAAGGCUCCUAACACUUGUGAUCUGAAAAUUGUGAGAAUGGACCGGGUGUGUGGCUCAGCUGCAGGGGGAGAGGAGAUGUAUCUUCUGUGUGACAAAGUGCAGAAAGAUGACAUCCAAGUGAGAUUCUAUGAGCAAGAUGAGAAUGGCCCACUCUGGGAAGCAUUUGGAAAGUUUGGACCUGCAGACGUCCAUAGACAGGUGCCUGGUGAGAUCAAGCACUACAGCACACCCUCCUGACCAGGUGGCUGGUGAGAUCAAGCACUACAGCACACCCUC